CCAGCACAUCGGCUGCUCUUGCCUCAUGACGGAGUGGCAGGUGCGGAAAGUCAACGGCUGGAGCAACCGGUACUACGGCUGGGGAGCUGAGGACGACGACAUGUACCGCCGGAUAAGGGCCGAGGGGAUGGAACUCUGGCGGUUUCCCAAGCAUUCGGCGGCAUACACGACGCUCGAGCACCCUCAGGCUGCGGAGAACCCGGACAGGUUCGAACUCCUCAAGAGAUCAGUCCGAAACUAUAAGAAAGACGGCCUGAGUUCGCUCGAAUUCACAGUGGUCAAGAUCGAGAAGAAACCCUUGUACACCAAAUACCACGUCGAUGUAUAAUGUAUAUCAGAAUGUAUUGGUUUAUUUACUUAUCAUUCAA